CUCCAGACCAUGACCUCCCUGGCCACUAGUAUUCACCUCCAGAUAGUUGGCCUUGCUUUGGGUACGUUAGGCUGGAUCCUGUGCAUCAUCUCAAUGGGACAAGUGCAGUGGAGAGUGUGGCAUACAAGUAACACCACUAUCAUCUCCUCUGGCAUCGCUUGGGUAGGCAUCUGGAAAGUUUGUUUUAAGAGUCACGGCAAAGUCUCCAGAGACCUUCAAAUAAUGUUCUGUCACAAAUUCCGUUUCAAUGGUGCCUUCAUUCUCCAGUAAAUUUCUGUUGCCCAGGUCCUUUUAUUGGCUGCUACAGUCCUGGGGGCACUAGGAAAAGCUUUCACUGUCUUUGCUCUGAGGAAUAUUUAUAUGGGAAUUCUUCUCAAAACUCAGACUGUCAGCUUUUUCCUAGCUGGGGGAAUCUUGAAAAUAUUUACGGGUGUCUGUGUCUUAAUUCCAGUGACCUGGAAUUGCUAUUCUGUAGCAUACAAUUGUGCUAUCCUAUUUUCUUCUUUCUACAUGCCCUCCAGCCCAGAGGCACAGGAAGUUGGUGCUGCUAUUCCUGUUGGGAUCGUGUCUGUCAUCUUGCUGAUGAUGAGUGGGCCCUUUUCCCUUUCUUACAAACAUCCUGUGAUGCCAGAUGUUACGGGUGCUUUCUGA